AAGUCCGCCAAACGCAGCUACCGACGAAGAAGAAAACAUGCGUCACCGUUCAAAACAAUACUUGAAGUUCCGCCUGUAUCGCGCCGCGUCCUCAUGAAGAUGUCUCAGAAUAAUCCCGACAAAGACGACCAGACGUCAGGCAACAAAAAGACGAUCUCUCUGCCCAUCUCCAGGGUCAGGCUGAUCAUGAAGAGCUCCCCGGACGUGUCCAGCAUCAACCAGGACGCUCUCUUCCUCACCACCAAAGCCACAGAGCUGUUCGUCCAGCACUUGGCUCUGUCGUCCUUUAACAACGGCUCCGGGAAAGAAACCAACUCUCUGUCGUACAGCGACCUGGCUAACACCGCAGAGGACACUGAGACUUUCCACUUUCUCACAGAUAUCCUACCUAAGAAGAUCUUGGCUCGAGAUUACCUCAAAACCUUGGAGCAAAUGCAAGAAGAGGAAGCCGAUUUAUAAAAAGGGAGCUCAGGAUGAAUUUCCUGCUUGGGCAGAUGUUAUCACACGUACACAUCCUGCCUGUCACUGAGAGCAAAGUGACUGUCAGUGGAGACGCUCUGUGAACUUUCUUAGUGCUUUUAAACACACUGAGUUCACCUGUAGGCCUUUUGAAAGAAAGGGGACAUGGAUCUGAAACAGGAAACCACGAUGAGAACUUUGAGACCGACUUUAGACUCGACAGCGUUCUAGAAGAGCGUAGAGGUCGUACUAUAAAUCCAUGAUAAAUAGUUGAUGCCUGCAAAGUAAAUUUGUAACAAAUGCUCAAAGAAAGCAGCCGUAGCUGUAUUUUCGUUCAGGCUUUGUGUAAGUACUCUUGAGUGGAGUUUUAAAGAAUUAUGCAAACAAGUGUUUGCAUUUGAUUUGUACACACAGACUGUCUUCAAAGGUUUUCUGGUAGCAGUGUCUUGCAUUUUUUUCAUCCUCACUAUCAGGACGUGUGAAAUGUUUCCCCUUAGCUUUCAGGCCCGUACAGGCUCACUCCACGUGAAAGACCAAGGCUUAUAAACCCAUUCCACACAGCUGGAGCACAGAUGUCUCAACUCCUGAGUUGCUAUUCCCUUUCAAAUAUGGCUGACCUUGUUUAACAGAUGCUGUCAAACAUCAAAUUUAAAGUAAAUCUGCUGUUGUUACUGAUUAUACACAGUACUGUAUUUUUUUUAUUUUUAUUUUUUUUAAGAUAUGGUCACAUUGAACUGUGAGUAGGUUGUCAUAAUACUUGAAAUAGGUUUUUUUUUCUCCAGCAUAAAUACAAAGCUUAUUAAUAUGCUGUUGGUGUCCAAAAUUAACACUCAGCGCAACAGAUGUGAAUAUUUAAAAUGUAUACAGUUUGGAAAGCAUCCUCCUCUCUUAUAUCUACAAAUUUGUGGUUUAGAUUUGAUAUUAAAAUAAAGAGUUGUGCUGUAAGAUA